CUGAUGUUUUUAUAUUUAGACAAAAAAAGUUGCUGAUUUUGUUUUGCAUAUUUAAUAUUUAAAUGAUUUUGUCUUGACCGCCUUUAUAUACUUCAUGCCAAUUCUGCACCGCACCGCACCGGUUCCGGCGGUGAUAUAUAAAUAUGGCGCUGGUUCAUGAGAGCUAGCUAGUGGGUUCUUUCUCUUCAUUUGCCAUGGAAGUUGUGCUUGUUAUUCUGGUUUUGCAGCUGGUGUUUGUUGACCAAGGGGUUAAUGGAAGGGGGUUUUCAAGUAAGGAUUCGUAUGUGUCUGCAAUUGGGGACCCAGGAAUGAAGAACCCAAAUUCCAGAUUUGCAUUGGAGGCUUGGAACUUCUGCAAUGAAGUGGGAGAAGAAGCUCCAAAUAUGGGUAGCCCCAGGCUGGCUGACUGUGCUGAUCUUCAUUGCCCUGCUCAUAUGCAUCUAGGUGAGUUUCUCAAGAAGGAAUGCAAAUGUGGCGUACAUCAUAAGGUGAAUGAAUUAGACAAUUUGUUAAGCGUUGGGAAUGACUUCCCGGGAGGUGGUUUCGUUUCAUACAUGGACCCUGAUCUUUAUGCGGUGGAAAAGGAGAAGUACCUUGGAUCUCUUUGUGAAGUGAAAACUUCCGAUGAACCGUGGCAAUUUUGGAUGAUUAUGCUGAAAAACGGAAACUUUGACAAGACCACGACUCUUUGCCCCGAAAAUGGAAGGAAAGUGGAAAAAAUCGUGACAGACAGAAAUUUCCCGUGUUUUGGUAAGGGCUGCAUGAAUCAACCACUUGUCUUCCAUAACUACUCGAGGAAAGUUUGCUCCGAGCACCAUGCAUCAUUGACGGGCGGGUUUUAUGGAACAUAUGACCUCGAUGCCAAUUUAAGCUCGGGGCAACAACAGGGAAACUCUUUCUUUUCAGUUUCGUGGAGUAAGAACGUAAGCACAGGUAGUUGGAUUCUCUCGCACAAAUUGACAACAUCUUCCAAGUACCCUUGGCUUAUGUUGUACCUAAGAUCUGAUGCAACCAAAGGUUUCAACGGAGGAUAUCACUAUACCGGCCGUGGAAUCAUGCGAAAGUUGCCCGAGUCGCCAAACUUUAAGGUGAAACUGACACUUGACAUUAAACAAGGAGGCGGUCCGAAUAGCCAAUUUUAUCUUCUCGACAUAGGCAGCUGCUGGAAAAAUAAUGGAGAUCCAUGUGAUGGAGAUGUUAUAACAGACGUGACGCGAUACAGUGAGAUGAUCAUCAACCCGGCAACCACGAGUUGGUGCCGAGCAGACAACCUUAAAUCGUGUCCGCCCUAUCACACUAGUGCUACUGGGGAGAUAAUAUACAGAAAUGAUACAGCUCGGUUCCCUUACUCAGCAUACCAUCUCUAUUGCGCUCCAGGUAACGCACAGUACUUGGAGAAGCCAUACGAUAUUUGCGACCCAUAUAGCAACCCCCAGGCGCAAGAACUGGUUCAAAUUCUACCUCACCCGGAGUGGGCGGUCCAUGGCUAUCCUGAAAAACAAGGAGAUGGGUGGGUUGGCGAUACAAGAACUUGGGAGCUUGAUGCAGGAGCCGUGUCUAGUCGGCUAUACUUUUACCAGGAUCCGGGAACAAAACCGGCAAGGCGGAUAUGGUUUUCCCUUAAUGUUGGUACAGAAAUAUAUGUUACUGGAAAAGGGGCUGCUGCUGCUACUGCUGAAUGGUCUGUUAGUGAUUUUGAUGUAUUAGUUCCUGAUGAAAACAGCCAUCACAGUAUAGCCUCAUUGUAAACUUGUAAUGUCUUAAAAUACUAGCAUUAUUGUUGUUUGAAAAGAACUCUCUUAUACUUUAUUACUUUCAUAUUGAUUAGUUGUGCCAUGCACUUGGGACUUUCAACAACUGCUGUACUGGAUGACCAUGAUCACAAUUGAUCUCAAUUCUCAUCCCCCA